AGGUCCAGUGCUGAUGGAGAGACACUGAGUCUAGAAAUCAUCAUGCGAGAGAUGGAGGAGCUGAAGAGUCAUCUGGCCCGCAUCAACUCGCCAGUAGUGCUGUGCCAUAAUGACCUACUGACUGAAAACGUCAUCUAUAAUCAAGAAGUAGGUGCAGUAAAAUUCAUUGACUAUGAAUAUGCAGAUUUUAAUUAUCAAGCGUAUGAUAUUGGGAACCAUUUCAAUGAGUUUGCAGGUAUCGAUAAUGUGGACUCCAGCCUGUACCCUAGUGACGAGCUUCAGUUUGAUUGGCUCUCUGCUUACCUGGAGAGCUUCAAGCGGUGCAGCACUGGAGAUUCUGCAGUGACCCAGACAGAGGUCCAGGAGCUUUAUGAACAAGUCUGUCAGUUCUCCUUGGUG